GAUCUUUUAAUCUUCGGUUAUGCAUGUAAAAUAUUUCGUGACGAUGAAAAAGCGCUACACAUUGAUCAAGGGAGACAUUUAAUACCAUGGAUGGGCGAUAACACCCUCAAAAUCGACAGGUUAAUAAUUUUUAAUCCAAUUUGAUAAAUAAUAUCUCUUAAUUUAACUGUUCAUGGCAAAAAUUGACUUUAAAUUUAAUCGCAAAUGCGAUGCAUAUGAUUUGCGAUGCAGCGAAUACCGAAAGACAUUACCUUAAAUCACAUUUUCAUCGAUAUAUAAUUGCACAUCAAAUGCAACAACGAAUCGUCACAAACGUAAACAAACGAGAACAAUGUCCUAUCUCUUAUGAAAGACCACAAGGGAAAAUAAGGGAAAAUGUGAUGAUCUAUGACGUUGGUAAACCGAACAAUAAUGCGGUUGCGACUGGACAAUGGAUGUUUAAAUUGAUUUCAAUGGUGUUGUUGUGAUUUAGUGAAUCAUUUAAAUUAGAUCUUCUUUCUAGCGCGCAUUAAAUAGCAUCCACAGUAUCUCAUUCCCAAAUCAACAGUGAUAUCAACAAGCUGGAUUGAUACGAUGUUCGGGCAACACUGAGUGAUAUCAAUCAAUAUGAAGCACCGCCGGGUGGAUAUGACAGAAUGGCGUAUCUUAGUCCGAUGGAACAAAGGGCAGAACAACUCUGUGAGGAAGAAAGAUAUUUCAGCUUAUACAAUAACGAUUUUGAGGAAGAAUUAUAUAAAGAGGAGAAUCAAAAGAGACAACAAACCGGAACCGGAUAUGGUCAAGUUGGUUUCAGUUACGAUCAAUCAUCGUCAUCGCAGCAGAAUUCGAUCGAGGAUGCAUCAAAAGCAGACAGCGAAAAUAAAGAGCCCGAUGAAGUUUACGUACCGCAUCCACGGUUUUAUCUUCCACCCGAUAUGGAAAUCCCGACAACCACAAAAGUGCAAGCAAUAAUUGAAAAAACCGCCCGAUUUAUAAGUGAACAGGGACCUCAAAUGGAGAUUCUUAUAAAAGCAAAGCAAGCAAACAAUCCUCUGUUCGAUUUUCUAAAUCAAAAUGGCCGAUUGAAUGCAUUUUAUAAACAUUCUCUGCAAGCGAUGAAAGAUGGAAAUUAUCCCACAGACACUGAUCAAACUGAAAAUGCCUAUCCAUCAACUCCGCCCGAAACAACCGGAUCGAUGUAUCAAAACUAUUAUUCGGCCAAUCAAUCAAUGAUUCAAGUGCCUUCUAUCAAGUACAAGCCAUCGGCCGAUUGUGCUUACACCCAAUUAAUUAGUAAAAUUAAAGGAGUACCAAUAAGUGAAGCUACUUCUGCACCCGAAGAGAAAACAACAACUGUACAGCAAAAUAGCCAACAAACGGAAAACAAACCUGUGGCACCAACAGUUGAAGUUAAAAAAAUUUCCAGCGGACUUAUGUUGGCUCAAUAUUACAAUUCGGAUAGCGAAAAUGAAGAAGACAAUAACGAUGAGAAUAAUCAAGUUGAAAGCAACGGCAAAACUGUAUUAAAUAAUAAUUCAUCAUCAAAAAUAUUUGAGAGUAAUGAAAAUGCAUUGCCACCGGGAAUAAUGGUACCACCACCAGAGCUUCGAUUAAUCAUCGAAAAAACUGCAUUAUAUGUCCUCAAAAAUGGGAAAGAUUUUGAAGAUAUUCUCCGGGCAAAAAAUGAACAGCGCUUCUCUUUUCUUCAAUAUAAGGAUCCGUAUCAUAAAUUCUAUACUUUCAAGGUAACGGGUGCUAUUUCUCCUGGCCCAGCCGAUGUCAUACGAUUGGGCAAUGAAAAGAGACAAGAACCGAAACCUCUUGCACCGGUCUCAUUUUCAAUAAAAUCGAAGGAAUAUUCGACACCAGCAACGCUUAAGCCAGCCCUAACCUUGGAGCAUAGUAGCGACGAAGAACCGCAACAGUCACCAAGUAAUGCCCAGAGUUCGCUAAGCAAUGAGGUUGUACAGACUAACUUACCUCCACAAGUGCCAAAAUCACAGAAUGGCGAUGAUCAGACUUCAAAUGAAGUUGAACUCACUGAUUCAUUUAUUCGGGAUGUAAUAUUGGAACAACAAAAUCAGGAUGAAAGAAAACAAGCCAAACGAGCGGAAGAGAAGGUGAAAGAUCGUUUAGCACAAUUAGCUAGAGAAAAAUUGGGCAUUUUGUCGAAGGAAAAGCAGUUGCAAUUAGAACGAAAGAGGCGCGCAAUGGCUUUUCUCAAUCAAAUAAAUGGCGAUGAAAAUCCUGGCUCGGGCAAAAUCGAAAAGAAACCCGAUUCGGCUACAGAAACUAAAGUAUCUUCGACUAAUUCAAAAACUGUUGAUUACGCAUCAGAUAGCAGUGACUCUGUAACUUUUGUAAUGGAAUCAUCACCAGCACCAAGUGUUUCUCAAACAACGCAAAAGGCUCGUAACAGAACCACCAACUCAAGUGAAAGCGAUGAUGUGAUUGAAAUUAAUCCAAAAUCAAGAUCUCGUUCACGAGAUCGAUCGAGGUCAAAGUCAAAACAUUCUCGCCACAAAAGUAAACGAGAUAAAAAGUCAAAGCGUUCGCGUUCUUCAUCUCGAAGCAGGUCUCGGUCUCGAAAAUCAAGCCGAUAUAGUAGGAGCAACAGUCGUGAUUACAAACGGAAGAAAAAGAGAUCGACAUCAAAAGGAAGGAAACAUCGUUAUUACAAAGAUUAAAUUUUAACAUAUUUUUAUCAUUGUUCGCAUAUAUGAAUGAGACAUUUAAUUAAAAAAAUUGUAUAAAUGAAUAUAAA